AUGAUACAUUUAUAUCCUAUUUUUACUACUACUACUACUACUACUACUACUACUACUACUACUACUACUACUACUACUACUACUACUACUACUACUACUACUACUACUACUACUACUACUACUACUACUACUACUACUACUACUACUACUACUACUACUACUACUACUACUACUACUACUACUACUACUACUACUACUACUACUACUACUACUACUACUACUACUACUACUACUACUACUACUACUACUACUACUACUACUACUACUACUACUACUACUACUACUACUACUACUACUACUACUACUACUACUACUACUACUACUACUACUACUACUACUACUACUACUACUACUACUACUACUACUACUACUACUACUACUACUACUACUACUACUACUACUACUACUACUACUACUACUACUACUACUACUACUACUACUACUACUACUACUACUACUACUACUACUACUAUUACUACUACUACUACUGUUGUUCUUAUUGUAGAUUUUCUUUUUUGGAACAUCUGUAUCUGA